AUGUCAGUUCCUAGUGCACCACCUCCACAUGCGGGAGGUCAUGGCAACGCUGAUGUCAUGCCCUCGUUUGGCCACGAGGGUGGAAGUGCAGGCAGAAUUGGCAGAUAUCAGAUUAUCAAAACACUUGGAGAAGGUUCCUUCGGUAAAGUCAAAUUGGCAUAUCAUAUGGCAACACACGCCAGAGUCGCUCUAAAGAUUAUCAAUAGAAAGACACUGGCCAAAUCUGACAUGCAAGGACGGAUUGAGCGGGAGAUAUCAUAUCUUCGUUUACUAAGACACCCUCACAUUAUUAAGUUAUAUGAUGUUAUUAAAUCCAAAGAUGAAAUCGUAAUGGUUAUCGAGUUUGCUGGCAAUGAAUUGUUCGAUUAUAUUGUACAAAGAGGUAAAAUGCGUGAAGAUGAAGCAAGACGCUUUUUCCAACAAAUCAUAUCUGCAGUAGAGUACUGUCAUCGUCACAAGAUUGUCCAUCGAGACUUGAAGCCCGAAAACUUGUUACUGGAUGAAGACUUGAAUGUCAAAAUUGCUGAUUUUGGUCUGUCUAACAUCAUGACUGAUGGUAACUUCUUGAAGACGUCGUGUGGAUCGCCCAAUUAUGCAGCUCCAGAGGUCAUCUCUGGUAAGCUUUAUGCUGGUCCUGAAGUGGACGUCUGGUCUUGUGGUGUCAUUCUAUACGUCAUGUUAUGCGGAAGACUACCGUUCGACGACGAGUUUAUUCCUGUCUUAUUCAAGAAGAUUAGUGGUGGUGUUUACACAAUUCCCAACUUCCUGUCUCCUGGUGCAAAGCACUUGUUACAAAGAAUGUUGGUUGUAAACCCUCUGAAUCGUAUCACGGUUCAAGAAAUAAUAGAAGAUCCUUGGUUCAAGGUCGGCAUCGCUUCUUAUCUCCUUCCUCCCGUUGAACAAGAUGAUGGCAACGAAGACCACAAAGAAGGAAACGAUUCCAAGACUGCAACAGAGAAAGUUGAUGAUGGAAUUGUGGCAUCACUCGGUAAAACCAUGGGAUAUGAUAAGGAACAAGUUUAUGAGGCACUCAAGAGUUCGGAUGAUAAUGGUAGUGAGAUUAGAGAUGCAUAUUACCUGCUCAAGGACAACCAUCAGGCUUCUGGAGAUAUUCAUUUUAAGAAGGAUGAUAUUGAUCGGUAUCUCAGCGAGCAUCCAGAGGAUGCUGAUGAUCUUAAGCAACCAUUUUCUCGUACUUCCACUCCAGUACUCGCUGCUACUGCAUCAUCUCCUGGAACGCCAGUGUCUUCAUCAGGCAAGCCAUACGGUCGAGGUAAUCCACCUACAUUAACAUUUGAUAAGCGGUUCCAGGGAGGAGUAGCUAUUGAUUCAAACUCACUCACAACGCCACAUACAACUAUUGCGAUUUUACCCACUUCUCUGCCAGCAUACCACCGGGCUAAUAUGAUCGCCGAGGGCAUACAACCAUCUAAGAAGCUGAAUCCAAUCUCGACGAAAAAGUCAAAGACACGAUGGCAUUUUGGCAUUCGUUCGAGGUCUUAUCCUUUAGAUGUUAUGGGCGAAAUUUAUCGGGCAUUACGGAAUUUGGGCGCUGAAUGGGCCAAGCCUGUAGAUGAUGAUUUGUGGACUAUCCACGUCCGUUGGAAGUGUGGUUUACCACUCAAGCAGUCCCUUUCAAACUCCUGUUCAGGUAUAACAACUUCUGGGGAGAGCACUCCGCAGACAACAGCUGUAAAUUCUGGCGAUGUCACGCCUACUGAGGCAAAUAACAACACCGACACAUCAGUUACACCACGGGAGACACCGAAAACAGAACUCAUGAAGAUGCGUAUCCAACUCUACCAGUUGGAACAAAACAAUUACCUUGUCGACUUCAAGUUUGAUGGAUGGGAGAAUCCAGAUGGCACUGCCCAUCCCAAGGGUGCAGCAGCACCAAUCCCAGAAUUUGACUCAUUUUCUGCAUAUCCAUUUUUGCAUCUGGCUACGAAACUCAUCAUGGAACUGGCCGUCAAUAGCCAGGCAUAG